UUAUAGCAGGACUGCGGUGGGCAUUCUGACACUGGGUGGGAAUUGACUAACUGCCACUGACAUCUCAAUGACACUAAUACAGUGAUCAGUGCUAAUAAAAAGCACUGACACUGUACUAAUGACACCGAGCAGGAAGGGGUUAACAUCUGAGGCAUCAAAGGGUUAACAGUGUGCUGUGUGCUGUCUUACAUAAUGUGCUUUGUGUGGUUUACUAGGGAGACAUGCUGCUGUGUAUUUCUCUGCUGUUCAGAGAGAUACAAAGCAGCACGUCCAGGUCUUUCCCCUGUCAGCUUUCCCCAACGAUCACCGGGUGCCAGCAGGGAAUCUCUGGCCGGGACCCAG